AACCACAAUGCUGCAGGCCGCCUGAAAGACAUGGCUACCAACUUGAAAAGCAGCCAAGGAUUUGCCAUGAACAUCAUCAGCGAGGCAUUCAUCGAGAAUGCAAAUGCGACUGCCGUAGACACUCCUCCCGAGUUCGACGAGUGGGCUCUCAGCGGUCUGACAAAGGAUAAAUGUGUAUGUAAUUUGAUUUCAGGCCAAGCCUGCUCGUCCGCUGACAUCGUCACCUCAUAUAAAUUGAUAGAUAUCAUGCACCCAGUCGCAGGCAAGCACAACAGCAUGCUCAUCCUUGCGCACAUCAAGUACUUCCAUGUA